GCCGCAGCCUUCCAACUCACCACCGCCCACCAAGCCUCUCACAACCACCAGCGCAGCAUGGGUGACGCGGCCAUCGCCGUCAUGGAGGAGGAGGGGGAGCAGGAGCACAUCUUUCGGAGCAGGUUCCCGCCAGUGGCCGUGCCGGAUGGCGUCACCGUGCCGGACUUCGUGCUGGCGGGCGCAGAGGCCUACGCCGACAAGGUCGCCCUUGUGGAGGCCGCUCCCGGCGGCCGGUCCUACACCUACGGCGAGGUGGCCCGUGACGUCGCGCGGUUCGCCAGGGCUCUGCGAUCCGUGGGCAUCCGGAAGGGCCACGUCGUGGUGGUCGCGCUCCCGAACCUCGCCGUGUACCCCGUGGUGUCCCUCGGUGUGAUGGCCGCCGGGGCGAUCUUCUCCGGCGUGAACCCCCGCUCCCUCGCCGCCGAGAUCAGGAAACAGGUGGAGGACUCCGAGGCCAGGCUUGUGGUCGCCAACGAGGUCGCUUACGACAAGGUGAAGGACGUGGGCGUGCCGGUCAUCGGUAUCGGCGAACAGGGUCUCAUGGCCGGCGCGAUAAGCUGGGACGAGCUCCUCGCCGCGGCGGACCGCACCGGCCCGCCGGUGGUUCCGCUGGAACCGGUGCAGCAGUCCGACCUGUGCGCGCUGCCGUACUCGUCCGGCACAACCGGGGUGUCUAAAGGCGUGAUGCUGAGCCACCGCAACCUGGUGUCCAACCUCUGCUCGUCGAUGUUCGCCGUCGGGACGGAGCUGCUGGGGCAGGUGGUGACGCUGGGCCUCAUGCCGUUCUUCCACAUCUACGGCAUCACCGGCAUCUGCUGCGCGACUCUGCGGCACAAGGGCACGGUGGUGGUGAUGGACCGGUUCGACCUGCGGACGUUCCUGGGCGCGCUGGUUGCGCACCGGGUGAUGUUCGCGCCCGUGGUGCCGCCGGUGAUGCUGGCCAUGGUGAAGAACCCCAUCGCCGACGAGUUCGACCUCUCCGGGCUGGCCCUCAAGUCCGUGAUGACCGCGGCGGCGCCGCUAGCGCCGGACCUCCUGGCGGCCUUCCAGAGGAAGUUCCCCGGCGUGCAGGUGGAGGAGGCGUACGGGCUGACCGAGCACAGCUGCAUCACGCUGACGCACGCCGGCGACGACCCGGAGAAGGGGCACAUCGCCAAGAGGAACUCGGUGGGAUUCAUCCUGCCCAACCUGGAGGUGAAGUUCGUGGACCCCGACACCGGGCGGUCCCUGGCAAAGAACACGCCAGGGGAGCUGUGCGUCCGGAGCCAGUGCGUGAUGCAGGGCUACUACAGGAAGAAAGAGGAGACGGAGCGCACCAUCGACGCCAAGGGCUGGCUGCACACCGGGGACAUCGGCUACAUCGACGACGACGGCGACGUCUUCAUCGUCGACCGGAUCAAGGAGCUGAUCAAGUACAAGGGUUUUCAGGUUGCUCCUGCGGAGUUGGAGGCCAUACUCCUGUCCCAUCCUUCGGUCGAAGAUGCAGCCGUCUUCGGACUGCCGGACGAGGAGGCUGGUGAGAUCCCGGUAUCGUGCGUGGUGCGGCGGAGUGGCGCGGCGGAGAGCGAGGCGGACAUCAUGGCGUACGUGGCCUCGCGUGUAGCCUCGUACAAGAAGCUCCGGAUGCUGUACCUCGUGGACGCCAUCCCCAAGUCGGUUUCCGGCAAGAUCCUGCGGAGGCAACUCAGGGACGAGUUCAUCAACAUGAUCAAACCCGCAGCUGCUUAA